CUGCGAGCCGCGCGCCGGAAGGACUCCCUCCUCCCCGGCCUUCAUGGAGGAAGCACUCGGGUCUCCGAGGGCGGAGGUAGCGGCGCAGGAGGUCGCCAUGGCUACCGAGCCGGUGGCGGCGGAGCCUACGGUGCCGUCGCUUGUGGAUCGUUACUUCACUCGCUGGUACAAAGCCGAUGUCAAAGGGAAACCCUGUGAGGACCACUGUAUACUACAGCACUCUAACCGAAUAUGUGUCAUCACAUUGGCAGGAUCUCAUCCAGUUCUUCAAAGUGGAAAAACAAUUAAAAGCAUUUCCUAUCAAAUCAGUACCAACUGUAGCAGACUUCAGAACAAGGUCUCUGGGAAAUUUAAGCGGGGGGCACAGUUUCUAACAGAACUCGCACCUCUGUGUAAGAUUUACUGCUCCGAUGGAGAAGAAUACACCAUAUCAAGCUGUGUUAGAGGACGGUUGAUGGAAGUGAAUGAAAACAUUCUCCAUAAGCCAUCUAUUCUUCAAGAGAAGCCAUCCACUGAAGGCUAUAUUGCAGUUGUGUUGCCCAAAUUUGAAGAAAGUAAAAGCAUAACAGAAGGGUUACUGACACAAAAACAGUAUGAAGAAGUCGUGGUAAAACGCAUUAAUGCCACAACAGCUACAUCAUGAGGGUUGAGACGGAAUAAAAAGCAACAUGGCAUUCGAUCAGUGCCCUGAGGAGAACCAGCGUAUGUGAAGAAGCACUUCACAGCCAGCCAUCUGCAGGGAGGCCUAGUUUUCUUCUUUUGUCUUGCAUAACAAGCCUUGAUUCCCAUUUUGUCUUUAACCUCCCAGAUCAGCCCUGCCAUGUGCUCACUCUGGUCGUCUUUUGCUUUUGUCUAACAGCUGGCAAGCAAGGGAUGUUUUUCUGAUUAAAAACAAACAAAGUACUUUGAGGAAAAUUUGUAAAAGACAAAAAUUUUAAGUAGCAAAGUAAAAAUUUACCCAUGAUCCUGUAACCCAUUAGUAAAUCUACAUUUUAACAUACUUCUAUUUGAAUGUUACAGCAUGGUUAAUGGUUUUGCCUCAGUCUUCCAUCAGCUGCAAGUUAAAAGGAACACCAACAGGCCUUUCUGACACCGUCUGCUUCAGUGUGACCACAAGUGCAGUCCCGACCUUAUGCUCCGCUCCUUUCCCUUUCAAUUGUAGGGGAGAGGCAGAGUGUGGAGUGGACCUUCUCUAGUCCUUCAUGCCGCUGGGAUGGCCAUCUUCUCAGAAACAAAGUAGAACUGUAACACUGGCUUCUUAAAUAAGGGACACAUGAAAAGGCUUUGAAAAAUACAAAGGGCUUUCUUAACCUAUGGAAAUGUUAUAAUGCAGUGCAUACAUUGUAGUCACUCAGUCUCACACUAUAGUUACUGGGUAACCAGCAAGUUACUGUAAUUUCAAAGACCCAGAGGCCUUUGAAUAGAAGAAACGCUUUCACAUCAUUUAUGCUAAACAAAAACCAAAAAAAUCCCUGAAUUUAUAGUUUAAGACUAUACUUAUUUACACUGAAUUUUAAAUAAAGGGACUUUAAAAUUGUUAUUUUUUAAGGGCUGCAAUACAUGUACUUUUAAAUAAAACAUUUAAUACAAAUCACUUGAUGUGUAAAUCCCUUGGUUCUUUAUUUUUUCAUGCUGUUGAAGUCAAAAGUUAUCCCUUCCCCACCCCCACUUGCACUUCAGAGAAUAUUCUCAUUUCAGGUAUGUAAAAGUAUUUUAUAAAUAAAAUUAAAAAUCAUUUUUUACUCACAAAAGCUUCUGGUAACUUGAAUGCCAGUAUGACUGUCCCUAAGUAUGCCCACCAGACAUGAUACGGGUAGUAACUCUACAAACAGUUCACUGACCAUGCUGUGAACUGAAAAUGUACACGUAAACACAAACCAGUAGAUCCCCAGUUUGAGUAGCACAAUGAUUCCCAAAGGUGUCAUGAGACAAAGAUACUAAAGAUAGGAAAAGAAUUAUAUAUCUAGGCGCUGCUGGGUGGCUCAGUUAGAAUGCAUACUCUGAGCAACAGGGCUGUGGUUCGAUUCCCAC